AUUUGAAAGGCGGAAGCUGUAAGCAUUACGGCCUAAAAAUGGUUUUAGCAGAAUUGGGGAGGAAAAUAACUAAUGCUCUUCGAUCUCUAGGCAAUGCAACUAUUAUCAAUGAGGAUGUUCUAAAUAGCUUACUAAAAGAAAUAUGUACAGCUUUAAUUGAAGCCGAUGUAAACAUUAGACUUGUCAAACAAUUGCGUGAAAAUGUCCGUGCUGUCAUUGAUUUUGAUGAAAUGGCAGCUGGGUUGAAUAAGCGAAAAAUCAUUCAAUCUGCUGUGUUCAAAGAGCUAGUUCAUUUGGUCGAUCCACAAGUCAAAGCUUGGCAACCUGCAAGAGGUUCUUCGAAUGUAAUUAUGUUAGUUGGUCUUCAAGGUUGCGGUAAAACAACUACUGCUACUAAAUUGGCUUACUUUUAUCAAAGAAAAGGAUGGAAAACUUGUAUGAUAUGCGCGGAUACAUUCCGUGCUGGUGCUUUCGACCAGUUAAAACAAAAUGCUACAAAAGCACGAAUUCCCUUUUACGGUUCUUACACCGAAACUGACCCAGUCGUGAUUGCACGAGAUGGUGUACAGAAAUUUGUAGAAGAGAAGUUUGAAAUCAUCAUUGUAGAUACUAGUGGUCGACACAGACAAGAAGAUUCAUUGUUUGAGGAAAUGCUUCAAGUUUCAAAUGCUAUUGAACCAGAUCAUGUUAUCUACGUCUUAGAUGCUUCUAUAGGUCAAGCUUGUGAAGCUCAAGCUAGUGCAUUCAAAGCAAAGGUUGAUGUAUCAUCAGUUAUUGUAACAAAACUUGAUGGUCAUGCAAAAGGUGGUGGCGCCUUAAGCGCAGUUGCAGCUACACACAGUCCGAUUACAUUUAUUGGAACUGGUGAACAUGUAGAAGAUUUUGAACAAUUUCGAGUUCAACCAUUUGUACAAAAAUUAUUAGGUUUAGGUGACUUAGAAGGUUUAGUGGAACGUGUUACAGAAUUAAAAUUAGAUGAGAAUGAAGAAUUAGUGAAAAAAUUAAAACAAGGUGUAUUCACUUUACGUAAUAUGUAUGAACAAUUUCAAAAUAUCUUAAAAAUUGGUUCAUUUUCACAAGUUCUAUCAGCUAUACCCGGUCUUGGACAAGAUUUACUUGCUAAUGAUCAAGAAAGUCAUCGACGUUUAAAACGUCUUAUGACAAUUAUGGAUAGUAUGAAUGAUUAUGAGUUAGACUCGGAUGAAGGAGGACGUUUAUUUAAUCGACAACCUGGACGAACAUUACGAGUUGCUCGUGGGGCAGGUGUUAGUCAAGCCGAAGUAAAACUUCUAUUAACUCAACAUAACAAAUUUUAUAUGGUUGUCAAAAAAAUGGGUGGUAUCAAAGGACUAUUUCAAACUGGAUCAAAAGGUGGAGCUAUGGGUGGAUUAGGUGGUGGUCCUGGUGGAGUUGGGGGCGGAGCAGGAGGUAGUGGGAAUACACCAAGCUUAGCUGAAAUGGCUGCGGCUUCACGAUCCGUCAGUGCAGGUCAAAUGGCAAAAUUAAAUCAAUCAAUGGCAAAAGUACUUGAUCCACGUAUCCUACAACAAAUGGGCGGUAUGGCCGGUCUACAAAAUAUGAUGCGUCAAUUACAAGCUGGCGGUGGUCUUGGACCGUUUGGUGGUGGUGGGGGUGGUCGUUUAGGUUAAACUACAAAAAGUUUUUUUUAAGAAAAAAUGCAAUUGCCAGAUAUUUGUCUUUCUUUGUAAAACACAUACAUAUACCUUAAAUUCUUUGUUGUUAUCUACUAUUCACUUCUUUAAACAUUAAAACUGGAACAGGACAAGGUUUGUAUAUACAGUACAUACGUACAUACAGUUGUUCGUUUUAAUGAUUUGAAUUAAACAUGGUCUAUUUCCUCUGAAAAAAUAAAUGUUUGAUCUCUUUCCAUUCCUCUUAUUAAUUAUGUAAUCCUGUUUAUUUGGUUAUCUUUUACUACCUCGAUUAUAAAUAAUGUACUGAUAUUAGUGUGUGUGUGUGUGUGUGUAAUGAUCCGAAAGAAAAGAACAUGUACAACAGUUGUUCUAUUUUAUGUAAUAUGAUCUUUGGAAUGAAUUGGUUAUUGUUUACUCCGAUUAAUAUAUUAUAUUACUCGAUGAAGAGAGAGAGUGGCUAAUAGUAUCUGUGAUUCAUGUUUAAUUUCAUGAUACACAUUACUGUUUAACUCAAUAAAUGUUUUGUAAUAUUUUCUUUCUAUUUACUAUUAACUUAAAAGUAUCGGAAUAAAUUAAUUAGAGAAAAUU